CGAAAGUGUCCUAACAACCCUGACAGUUUUUGUUAUGUUUGUAAAGAAUUAACUUUUACAUCUCAGCGUUGAAAUUUCACAUCAUUAAUUGAACAGUGCUAUUUAGAUUAUUUUGGAUUUCCUGUGAGGAAUUAAGAUAAAUCCUGGGUUCCACAUAAAUGUUGUGUAAAGUGUGUGAGACUGCUAUUAGGUUGGGCCAAACAAGAAUCUAGACAUGCCAUUUGCUAUACCAAUGAUUUGGACCGAAUCAAAGAGAUUGUUAUUUUUGUUUGACUCAAACAAAAGGCGUUACAACCAAGUCCAAACACAGUAUCCAAACUUGUCUUCGACCAACAGACCCAUCCUACAUAGUGCCGAACUGCCUAUGCGAAAGCUUCCAAAUCGAUCAGAAAGUCAGGAUUCUACACCAAAACUUGUCCUAAAUCAGCACGAUAGAGUAUCUGAAGAUAGUGACCCAAGUUAUGAACCGUCAACUUCAAAAGAACCGCACUUAUUGACACAAAGUGAUUUAAGGGUCCUUUUCAAUAACCUUUUAAUUUGCAUGAUAAGUGAUUUUGAAAAUCUCACCUAAAGUUAUCAGUUUAAUAUCAUCCUUUUUAUAUUGUUACAUGCUUAAAAUACUUGGUUUGAGCCUUGGUCAUUAAAAAUAUUCAUAUACUUUUUUUUUCUGUAGAAAUUUGUCUAUGUAUGUCUUAUAUUUUAAGAUUUCCG